UCCUGUUGUUAUGUGAACGUUCUGAUAUAAAAUCUAUUUUUAAAAAUUCUUCCCUAGCUGUUUUGUGAAAUAACUGAUAAAAUCAUUUAAAAUAUCAAUUAUACUAUUUCCUUGAUUUAUAGGGUGUUAUUCUUGAAAAAUUAUUUCAAAGAAUAACGGGGUGUAUUGUGUUGAAGUGUAAAAUUUCAAAUGUACUAUUUAAUCUAUAGUUAUUUAUAUUAAAUUAAUUAGGUCUCUUAAUGGAAAAUAAAUUUAGUGAUUAUGUUUAGUUAGGUUUUAAUUACGUUUCUAUAAACAAUAUUUGCGAUCAAACAUCCAGCCAGUACGGUCACAUUUUUUUAAUGUCACGGUUUAUUCUGUUUUUAACUCUCAUCCAAUAAUUCGUAUGGAAAAUAAAUAAAAUAAAAUUGGUUGAAUUUUAAACUACUUUUGAAUAAUUUUCCAUUGAAUAUUGUUACUGUUAUGUAAUGGAUCAGCUCGAAAAUAAAAUAACGUGUAUUAUUCAUUAUCGCUUUCUACUUAUAAAAAAAUCAUAAACAUUAAAAAUAUUAUUGAUCUUUUUGAAUUCUCUUUGUAUUUAUAUUUUUCACAUUUAUCCUACCAUGCUGCAGUCAUUUUUCAGGAUUGCAUACCUCAUUUUUAGAAUAUUGAGAACUAAUUUUUUUAAACAUGUUCCUCUUAAAUAUAGAGUAAAAUUUUAAGAACAUUUGUGUGAUGAAUUUUAUAAGAAAUGUAAAUAAAAUAGACCUAAUGGAAAAAAAGGUUUUGAAUUAUUUACACAUUAAAUUUAAUGUGGAAAACAAUUCCUGGUUAUGGGCAAAAUGUGUUUAAAAAAAUUAUAUGCUAUGAAAAUAACAUAACUAAUGUAACUGUGAUCUGAAUAUCAUGCUUGAUGGGUUUUUUUUCUUUCUUUUUUUGGUAUAUUCUGCCAAUUUUUUUCCCCUUGAAGGAUUUGCGACAGAUUCCAAAAUUUAUUGUGAUGAUGGUUUGCAUGCAUCACUUGAGUAGGAAUUGCUUUAUAACUUUUCUAUCAAACUGAUUUUGAUUAUUUAAAAUAUAGAAUAAUUUAAUUAUGGAAUUAGAAUUCAUUUAUAGCUUCGAACAUCAUUCAUUACUUCACAUAACAGCUAGCUAAUAUAAUAUUUCAUUAAAUUACUCAAUUGUUGCUGGAUCACUGAACUAAAUAGAUUAUUGAGUACAAAAUAGAUUACAUUCCUAAUGAAUCCUGGAAUGGUAAUUAGAAUUGAAUACAAAAGUAAUAAUGUUCAUUUGGAUCUCUUUUCGAAAAUAUCUUGGAAAAUUGCAGAAAAAAAUUGCUUGGUAUUACGGAAGCAUUUUUGUGAUUCAGAAAAAAACCAUAUUCUUGGACAAAACCUUUAUGCCUUUCAGUAAAUACAAUAGAGGAAGAAGGAUUGAAAUAAUAAUUCAAACUAAUUUGAAAUCUCUCAUUGGAAGAAUGAAAAGCAGUAUUGGAAUUUCUGAAAGAAUAACAUUUGCUUUUAGAUAAUUUUGAAACAUGAAUGCAGUUCAUUGAAAUUCAAUGGAGGAUUACUUGUAUUGCUGAAAGAAACCUGAAUGGUGGAUGCAAUUCAGACUUCUAAAAAUAAAGUCCAUAAACUGUUGAUCUUUUUUAUUGAAUAUUCAGCAGGCAUGAAAGUAUUAUAUGAAGGGAACAAAAUUGUAUGCUCACAGAAGUUACAAUGCAAGUAUACGUUUUCAGGGAUAUUUUCCUAAAGGCACCUACAUAUGAAAUAGUUUCUGCAGAUUCUUCUCACAACCACCCAUGAGUCAGCUGAGUGCAAAUGCUACUGGCAGGUGGUACUCUACUUGUUCCUAAGGCUUUCCAAAGGAUCACUCACAGUGAUGCUAUCAUGAAUGAAGCUAACACAGAUAGUACUCUAAUUUAAUAAGCAUUCCAAAAUUGCCUUCAUUUGUACAAUAGUUUAAAAGCUCAUAGAUAAUCAAGUGAAAAGUUGAGAUUUUUAUAUAGAAACUGUUUCAGGAUAUAUUACAACUUUAACCUUCAAGGUCAGUGAAGAAAAUCCACUUACAUCUUUUAUUUGCUGACUUCAAUUAGAAGCCAUUUAAAAGAAAAAAUAUCUGGUACUACUAAAACUUCAGUGAGAUUGGAUUUCUACACCUGAUAAUAAUGUUAUCUACAACGUAGUGGAUUAUAUUUCUCGAGGCUCAUUUGGCGUGGUUCUGAAGGUAGAGAGAGCAGGGGCCACAUAUGCCGCCAAAGUCCUGCUGGACCCAGAUACCAAGGAGGCUCAUAUCCUCAGAGAGAAAGGCAUUCUUGACAUGCUUGAAGGGUCGCCAAAUAGGCAACUCUUCAUCCACAUGCAUGAUUACUUUUUUUCUGGGGACUCAUAUAUUCAGAUAUAUGAAUAUAUGCCAAUGGAUCUCCGAAAGUAUCUGCGGCAGAGUGACAUCUUCUCAAUGACAGAUGCAAAAAAGAUUCUUCGUCAGCUUCUCCUGGCUUUGUGUCAACUGCAGGAGUUUUCUAUCAUCCAUGCAGACCUAAAGCCGGAGAAUCUUGUCAUUGAUGACAGGACUUUGACGCUGAAAGUGAUUGACUUUGGUGGGAGUCAUUUCACUUUCCAACUUGAGAACCACACUAAAAUAGCCACCCGUAGUUACAGAGCUCCUGAAGUUAUAUUAGGUGCUCCAUAUGGCCUGCCAAUUGAUAUGUGGGCAUUUGGCUGCAUUGCUGGUGAAAUGCUCACCAACAGAAUCCUAUAUCCUGGGGAUACAAAUUCUGAAAUGCUGGCCAUGUUUGAAAAGUCUCACAGAGUAUGGGAUAUUGACUUGUUGGAAUCUGGAAGACUAACAUUGCAAUUUUUCUGUAAAAUUGGAGGCCAAUUUAUUCUUCAGGAUUCACAAGCAGAUGAUCAAGUGGGACCUCUCAACCGAAUUGCCUUUAGUAUACCAGAUCAUAAAUUCACUAGCAAGGAAAUGUUACAAAGAAUUCAUCUGAGUGAAAUUGUCAAGGGCUGUCUGGCACUUAAUCCCAGUUCACGGAUGAAGCCAAAUAUAGCUCUUGACGCAGAUUUUUUCAAAGCUGAUGAAAGUAAAGACUGGAAUUUUCCUGAAAGUCAAGAGGUUGCACGAGAAAGAAAUGCAGCUAGAGGGCCAAGGAUACCUUCCAGGUCCAGGACACCUGUUAGACACAGGAGCAGAAGCCCUAUAAAUCUCUUCAGAUAGUUAAAAUAUUCCUCUUGUGUGUCCAAUUAAAAAAUUAAAUCCAUGACAUAUAAUACAGAAUUGGUGUGUAAUCUUGUAAAAUCUUGGUAAAAUCAUUUUUGUCUAUGUGUGUGUGUGGCUUUAAAAAUGCAAGAUGCUAAUUUUGGUAAACUACUCGAAAUUUCUGAUUAAUUUCGUAUAUUGGUAGUUGCAU